AUGUUCUCUCGCUCUGUUCUGCGGAGGUUCGCCUCGGACUUGCGAGUGUCCACCCCGUCUACGAUCUCAGGCGCAGCUCUUCAUCCGCAACGAGCCAGCUGCUUGCACCAAACUGCCUCGCUGAAGACCUCUCAAGAGCAGACUAGCUCUCAAUUGUCAUCAACAAAACCUGACUCCCCUCUCAGUGCAACUCCACGAGCACAAACCUCUCAGCCUACGGCCAACCAACAAACUCCUCCCAAUACCUUCAUCCCUCAAAAUCGCUCUCAUAUCCCAGACGAGAAGCGGGCCGUUGCCCCCGAAUUCAAAGAACCUCUUAAAGUGACCCGCUCUCUCAUGGAGCGCCUCCCUCACCUCGUCGGCCAGGCGCCACACUACGUCGUUGCCAAGCUCCACAACAAGCCAUACCUCCUCACGCCGGGCGACCACGUUCGUCUACCGUUCCUUAUGCCCAAAGUUCAGUCAGGAGAUAUUCUGCGGUUCAACCGUGCUUCUGCUCUCGGGUCACGCGAUUUUACGCUGAAGGGCAACCCGCAUAUUGACGAGCGAUUGUUUGAGUGUCGCGUUCGCGUGACGGGUACAGAUGCUGAGCCUCUGCGGAUCAAGGAAAAGACCAAGCGGAGACAACGACAUGUUCAGCAGAUCCGCAGCAAAGAAAGGUAUACGGUGAUGAGAGUGAUGGAGGUGCGGGUGAAGACACCUGAAGAGUUGCUGCAGGAGGGAGCGGUUAUUGUGGAGGAAGGUGAGGACUCUCCAGCCAUCGAGGCUAAGGUAUGA